UGAUUGUUCGCCCAGUGGGCUGCUAUCAGAUGAACCUAACUAGGCGAAGGGGUGGUGCUGUGGAGUUGACGAUGGUGACGAUGAAGAUGAUGAUGAUGAUGAUGAUGAUGAUGUGUAAAGGAAGGGGCUGGGUUUUGGAAAAUCAGCAACACCUGCCCCUCCUCACCAGGAAUGGAUGAGAUAUGAGAUGGAGAGGAGAUCUACGUGGAUCAUUCAGUUCAGCUGCAGACAAAGAGGACUCACAAUGCCUAGAGGGUAAAAACUGGAUUCUACACUUUUAUCUGCUCUCCUCCUUACUUAUCAGUAUUGGAUGGAUCUUCUGGAGAUUAAACAAGCUCCUGAGGCUCUCACUGCAUGGUACUUUGGACGGAGGACUACUUCAACAUCAUCCUCCCUCCAGCUCUUCUCUGAAUCAUCUCUGACAAGUGGAGAAGAAAGCCUGUGUUACCUCUGAGGGACCCUCGGCACCACUAAAAGGUGGAGCCAACCACCGGUGCCACAAACUCAGGGAGGAUGAAGAACAGCUUCUAGUGGAUCCCCCCCCCCCAUCCCCCUGUCUCUUAGCAAAGAGUGCGAGUGAAGUAUCCAGAUACUGUUUUGAGAUAAAAAAAAAAACCCAGAAAAUGCCUUUUGGUGGGUUAGCAGGUUUGAAGGAACAGGUGCUUAAGCCUGGGAAGGAAGAAGUGAAGAAUACUGUGGGCGACUCUCUAGGAAAACUACAAAGGAAAAUAGAUGGUAGCAAUGUAGAAGAAGAGGACAACAUUGAACUGACGGAGGAUGGGCGUCCAGUGGCAUCAGCACCACGUCCUGCCCCGCUGCUGGACUGCAGCUGUGGCGGUCUCCCUAAACGCUACAUCAUCGCCAUCCUCAGCGGACUGGGUUUCUGCAUCUCCUUUGGAAUUCGGUGCAAUCUUGGCGUGGCCAUUGUUGAGAUGGUGAACAACAACACUGUCUAUAUCAAUGGGACUCCAGUGCUUCAGAAAGCUCAGUUUAACUGGGACCCAGAGACUGUGGGACUGAUCCACGGCUCCUUCUUCUGGGGUUACAUCGUCACUCAAAUCCCUGGUGGUUUCAUCUCCAACAAGCUCUCUGCCAACAGGGUGUUUGGCGCUGCCAUUUUCCUGACAUCAGUGCUGAAUAUGUUCAUCCCAUCAGCAGCAAGGGUCCACUACGGUUGCGUCAUGUUUGUUCGCAUCCUGCAGGGUUUAGUGGAGGGUGUCACCUACCCAGCAUGUCAUGGGAUGUGGUCCAAAUGGGCGCCACCUCUUGAACGGAGUCGACUGGCCACCACCUCAUUCUGUGGAUCCUAUGCAGGAGCAGUGAUCGCCAUGCCUUUAGCUGGAGUGCUCGUUCAGUACGUUGGCUGGUCUUCUGUCUUUUAUAUCUAUGGUGUUUUUGGGAUCAUAUGGUAUGUCCUGUGGCUCCUGCUAGCAUAUGGAAGUCCUGCUGAACAUCCCACAAUCACAGAUGAGGAGAGGAUGUAUAUCGAGUCCACCAUCGGUGAAACAAUGCAGCAACUUAGUGCAACUGAGAAAUUCAAGACUCCGUGGCGUCGUUUCUUUACCUCCAUGCCUGUCUACGCCAUCAUCGUGGCCAACUUCUGCCGCAGCUGGACCUUCUACCUGCUCCUCAUCAGCCAGCCGGCGUAUUUUGAGGAAGUCUUUGGAUUCCCCAUCAGCAAGGUGGGGAUCCUGUCUGCUGUCCCCCACAUGGUGAUGACAAUCGUGGUUCCUAUUGGAGGACAGCUGGCUGACUUCUUACGCAGUAACAAAAUCAUGUCUACCACAAAUGUGAGGAAACUCAUGAACUGUGGAGGUUUUGGGAUGGAGGCUUCUCUGCUGCUGGUGGUUGGGUUUUCUCACACUCGAGGUGUCGCCAUCUCCUUCCUAGUUUUGGCUGUAGGCUUCAGUGGAUUCGCCAUCUCAGGUUUCAACGUCAAUCAUCUGGACAUUGCUCCUCGCUAUGCCAGCAUCCUGAUGGGAAUUUCUAACGGGGUGGGAACGCUGUCUGGAAUGGUGUGUCCCCUGAUUGUUGGAGCUUUGACUAAAAACAAGACUCGUCUGGAGUGGCAGAAUGUCUUUGUUAUUGCGGCCAUGGUGCAUUACUCAGGGGUCAUCUUCUACGCUAUCUUUGCCUCGGGAGAGCAGCAGGACUGGGCCAACCCCGAGAGCACGAGCGAGGAUAAAUGUGGCAUUAUUGAUGAGGACGAGCUGGCUGAAGAGUCAGAGCUCAACAGUGAGAACAUGAUGGCUCCCAAAAAGAGUUAUGGAACAGCAGACAAUUCAUCCGGUCGAAAACAGGGCUGGAAAAAGAAGAGAGGCGUAACCAUGCAAGAAGAGGAGGAACAUUGCGGGAAUGGGGACUACCAGGACCGGUACCAGUGAGACCGGAGUUCCCAAACACUCAUAACCAGCCUGGAAAUGUGAGAAACAUGGGAGAAGUGGCAGAGAAAGCAGCAUCAUAUGUACCUCAAAGCUGCUCUUUUUCACCAGUUUAACUAUAAUGUACUAUAAUGUUUGCAGAAAAAAAAUCAUAUGGAAACACAACUUUAAAAAAGGCAAAAUGCUAAAAUCAAACACAAUUUUAUUAACAUGAAACAUCAACCAAUACAUAAUAAAACCAGAAAUUGGACAAUAAAUUUUAUUUACACUGACAUAUACUGUAGAUUAGUGUGCUUAAUACAAUAGAAAGCAAACGUCUGACCAAUAUCUAUGGACCAACUAGUGCUGUGUUAAAGACACAUGAGAAACACAUAUCAGCUUUCAAACCAGACUUUACUUUUCGUCCAACCUGCGCUGACCAUUCUCCAUCUGUGCAAGCAAACGCUGACUGAUCUUGAUGUAGCUUACUUUGAACCACAUGGACAGUUUUUGACAUGUUUUUGUGUCAGCUAUGCAACGUGAAAAGAGACGUGCUUCUGGAAUGUAAUAAUGGGUUUGACAGCAAACCACAGUGUUAAUGUAACGAGCCUUAUUGUUGUUGUUUUUUUUUUUUUGCUUGUAUGUAUUUGCUGUUGCUGAAUGAUUGCAUUCUGUCACUGCUUCGCUCGCUCUUCUUUGUCUGAGCAGAUCACCAGCUCCAUUUGUGAGGUAGCCCACUUCUUCCAACGUUAUAUCAGCUUCAUUAUUUAUAGCGCUCUGAGCUCAUAAAGAGAUGAAAUGGCUGGUGAGUUCAGUGCUGAUGUUACUCCGUGAAGCAUUUAGUGAAACUCUAUUUAUUCCUCUGGUGUUUGUCUUUUUGCAACUUCUCAGUGUUUGAUACAUGAAGACCCAGUUUGUUUUUAAAAAAUAAUGUAGGGGAAUGCUUCACUUUGAUCACAAAAGAGAAAUUCACACUGUUCAUCAUUACUGCUAAAGAAGAGGAGAGAGCAUUGAUUUGAUUUGCACUUUACUUGAACACACCAGAGAUGAAAUAAACUACAUUUCUAAUCUGUAUCAAUAUUGUUUAGAGGCAUAAAAUCCAAAAAGAGGUUCUACGAGUAACAUGCAUGAAGUUAUUCACCAUUUCAUCUUACUUUGUAACUUGAAAAAACUAUUCAAAAAAAAUAUGAAAAUCAUUUAUAAUCAAAUUACAGAUUGUUCAGUGAGUAUAAUGGAAAACAAGACUGAGCAAUCUACAGCCAUGCUAGCGGCUCCAUGAGGCUGUACAGGCUAAAUGCUAAUGCUAGCAUGCUAACAUGCUCACACUGACGAUGCUAACAUGCUGAUUUAUGUUUAUCAGGUACAAUGUUUACCCAUUUUAACAUUUGCUAAUUAGCCCUGGAUGUCUAAACGUCUCAGGAUGAAUCCAGUAGUUGUUGAGAGAUUUCACUCAAAACCAUAAAUGUUGACCUCAUGGUGGCGCUAGAGGAAAAGACUGGGGAUAAGUCAGCAGGCUACAUCCUCUGGCAACCAUGAAUGUCUUGUAUAAAAUUUAAUGGAAACUGCCGUUGUUGAGAUAUUUCAGGCUGAAUCAGCGGUGGACACUGCCAUCCCUGGAGCCACAAAGAAAGAAAUAAACAAGCUGAAAAGAAAUACUAUAA